AUGGUCUUUCUUAACACUUCCAAGGAUGCCAUUGAUUGCUCAGAGUUUGGAAAUGGAUCUUAUUCUGAAAAUCUUAGGUCACUGAGUGUCCGAGGAGCCAUGUAUGUAUCCAUGAGUGGAGUCAUCAUCAUCACAGUUCUGGGGAAUUUAGCAAGCAUAAUUUCAGUUUCCUGUUUCAAGCAACUGCACUCCCCAACUAACUUUCUCAUCCUCUCCAUGGCAGUCACUGACUUCUUGCUUGGCUUCUUCAUUAUGCCCUUUAGUAUGGUCAGAUCGGUAGAAAACUGUUGGUGUUUUGGGAAGACUUUCUGCAAAAUCCACUACAGCUUUGACCUGAUGCUCUGCUUAGUUUCUAUUUUCCACCUUUGCUGCAUUGCUGUUGAUCGUUUCUGUGCCAUCUGUUAUUGUGCCAUCUGUUAUCACUAUUCAUGCAAAAUUACUUUCUCUGUAAUUUGGCAGUUGAUCGUCAUGUGCUGGUCAGUGCCAGCUUCUUUUGCUUUUGGGGUGAUUUUCUCUGUAGCUUAUGCUUCUGGCAUUGAAGGUUAUGAGGUUUUAGUGGUGUGUUCCAGUCAUGUUUAAUAAAUUUCUUAUCCAGUCAUGUUUAAUAAAUUGUGGGGAAUUAUUCUGUCUUUAUUUGGCUUCUUCAUUCCUGGUGCUUUGAUGAUUGGAGUUUAUGUACAAAUCUUUGAUGUGUCCAGAAAGCAUCUGAGAUCCAACUUGUCCAGAAAUACAGGUGAUGAAAAUCCUCACCAGCUUUCCAGGAGGAAAGACAGGAAGGCUGCAAAGACCUUGAGUAUUGUGAUGGGGGGUUUUCUUUUCUGUUGGUUUCCAUGUUUUGUCACAUUUUUAAUUGACCCUUUUAUUGGUUUUUCAAUUCCUGCUGUGUUAUUUGAUGCUUUAACUUGGUUUGGCUACCUCAACUCCAGCUGUAACCCAUUAAUAUAUGGCUUUUUUUACCCAUGAUUUCAAAAAGCACUUAGAUGUAUCCUCUUAGGAAAGAUAUUCUACCCACAUUUUAAUCUGUUCCGAGAAAAUCAAUAA